AUGGAUCGGGCCGUUCAACAAACAGAUUACGAUGCGUUCUCAUGCAAAAUUAGCGCCAUCGCUAAGAAAUAUCUGCCCUGCCAGAAACAGCUAGAGUUGCGUGAAUUCAGCGACUACCCCGAACUGCACAUGGCCUAUGCUCAAUCAUUGAAAAACCUCAGCCGAAGAGCCUAUGGAAAAGUACAGAAAGCUGUCCAAUCAAGCAUGCCGUUAAUGAAUUAUGGCACAUACGUAAGGACAGUUGCAGUGGACAUCGCUAUCGAGCAAUAUAUUAACGGCCUUCCGAAGGGCUCCAAGGUCCAGGUUCUGAACUUAGGGUGUGGAUCUGAUCUGAGGAUGAUCAACUUUAUGUCGCGAUACCCUCAACUGAGGUGGAUUGAUUUGGACUUCCGAGAGUCUGUUCAUUUGAAAGCGAAAAUACUGAACAGCGAUGAUCGCUUUCGACAACGUCUGGGAUUCCCAGCUGGAGAUCUGAGCGAGGAGGAUUACGUUUCGGGCCGAUAUGUUCUCCACAGCUGCAACCUUAAUUUGAUUGAGGAUGUCCUAGAGAUAAUUCAGGAACAUACCGACCCCGAUGUUCCAACACUGGUAUUGACGGAGUGUGUCUUGUGCUACAUGAAAUUUAAGCCAUCUCAAGUGCUGAUAGAUGAGGUUAUGUCGUUAUACCAGACUGGCAUGUGGCUUUCGUACGAUCCUAUUGGCGGUGAAACCUCUACGGAUAGAUUUGGAAGUAUCAUGCAGUCAAACCUUCGGGAAUCGCGACAACUUGAUCUUCCUACGCUCAUGGUGUUUAACUCUGCGACAAAAUAUGCUCAGCGGUUCAAGAGCAACGCUACAAGCACCGACAUACGAACAAUGUGGCAAUACUAUCAAACCGAAACCAUCCCGCAAGAGAAACAGAGACUCAAGUCCUUGCAAUUUUUAGACGAAAUUGAAGAGUUAGAAAUUAUCUUGUCUCAUUAUGUCUUAUUAAAAGCAUUUUGGUAG